AUGGUCUGGACCCAUCUCCUUCUCACCCUCCUCACUCUCUGUUCAGGGUCCCAGGUACACUCUGAGUUGAUCCAAGAAUCUUCAAUGUCAGCAUCUAAAGGGGAGAAGGUCACUCUCUCCUGCACUGGAAAUAGCAACAAUGUUGGAACUUAUUAUACAGGCUGGUAUCAACAGAUUCUAGGUUCUGCCCCCAAAACUGUGAUGCUUGGAACUACUAGGCCUUCAGGAAUCUCUGAUCGCUUCUCCGGCUCCCAUUCUGGCAACACAGCCACCCUGACCAUCACUGGGCUCCAAGAGGAGGAUGAGGCCAAUUAUUACUGUGAAGCAUGGGACAAAAGCCUCAAUGGUUUUGUAAGCCCCAGCACCUGCUUCCUCCCAGGUUCUGCCCAUCAGGCAAAUGAAAGCAUCACCACCCUCCACACUUUGUCUUGCAUUAUUCCAGGCCCAGAAGAAGAUCAGCCAGUGAAGGGCAGGUCCCUCUCCCAACCUGUGCUGACUCAGCCACCCUCUGCAUCUGCCUCCCUGGGACAAACCACCAAACUCACCUGCACCCUGAGCAGUGGCUACAAUAGUUAUUGGGUGGAAUGGUUCCAGCAAAGCCCAGGGAAGAACCCCAGGUUUGUGAUGAGAGUGGACACUAGUGGCAUUGUGGGAUCCAAGGGGGAUGGGAUUCCUGAUCGCUUCUCGGGCUCAGGCUCUGGCCUGGAUCGGUACCUGACCAUCCAGAGCAUCCAGGAAGAGGAUGAGAGUGUCUACCACUGUGGGGCAUCCCAUGGCAGUGGGAGCAGCUACGUGUAA